UCUGCUUGCUCGUAUGUUAUUAAAUUAUUGUAGUUAAAACAAAAUCGAAUUUCCUUUACAAUUAAAUAUAGUUUGUUUGUAACUUAACGUUGAAGUACAGUUAAAAAAUAUUUUUGCCUAACUAUUUUCAAAUCCCUACUAUUUCCUGAAUAGUAUGUUUUUUAUGUAAUUUCUUAUUCUUAUAAAAUCGGGCAGAAAUAGCUCUAAGAAUAAAAUGUUGAAACAUUUGAAAUCAGUAAAUGUAAGACAAUUUAGUGCUCAAGUAGUAUUCGUCCCGAAACAUAAACCACCGAACGAAGAAGACUUUCAUAUUCUGAAAGAUUUUUUGGACAAAUCCAAACACAUGCUUAUUUUAACUGGUGCUGGUAUCUCAACAGAAUCUGGUAUACCUGACUACAGAUCUGAGGAAGUUGGUUUAUAUGCACGUAGCAAUCAUAAGCCAAUACAAUACCAAGAGUUUGUAAAAUAUCCCAAGGUGCGGCAGAGAUACUGGGCUAGAAACUUCAUUGGUUGGGAAAGAUUUAGUGCUGUGCAGCCUAAUGUCACACAUUUAGCCAUAAGGGAGCUAGAAAAGGCUGGGAGAGUAACAUCAAUAGUAACACAAAAUGUGGACCGCCUGCAUCACAAGGCUGGUUCUCAAAAUGUAAUAGAACUUCAUGGUACAGGGUACAUUGUCAAAUGUUUGAAGUGUCCUUAUGAAAUUAGUAGAGAGGAUCUACAGGCAGAGCUUCUAAAGAAUAAUCCUGAUAUGCGGAGCAGCUUCACUAUGAUAAGACCUGAUGGAGAUGUGGAAUUAUCGAGAGAACAGGUAGAUAGCUUCAAAACACCACUUUGUCCAAAAUGUGAGGGACCAUUAAAACCAGAUAUAGUGUUUUUUGGUGACAAUGUGCCAAAAGAGAGAGUGGAGCUUAUAAGAUCAAAAGUCUCCUCUAGUGAUGCUGUAUUUGUGUUGGGGUCUAGUCUCACUGUGUAUUCAAGCUACAGAAUAAUAUUGCAAGCCAAAGAGGAACAAAAGAAAAUUGCCAUUUUGAAUAUAGGACCGACUCGAGCUGAUGACAUAGUAGAUAUAAAAGUGUCUACAAAAUGCGGAGACAUAUUACCUAAAUUAUGUAACUUGACAACCAAAAAUCAUAAUUUAUAGCGACAAUUUGUAAAUAAUAAUAUACAUAAAAAUCAUGUGAUCAAUUUAGCUACCUCAUAAGUGUUAAUUUUUGUUAUGUAGUUGAAAUUUAUAUUUUUCAAAAAUAAAAUACAAAAAAAU